UCAAAUUUGCUUAUGAACAACCAGGGUAAGUUGAAGAUAUGUGAAUUUGGGUUGGCUCGUCAAUAUGGAAGUCCAUUGAAGCCAUAUACUCAUUUGGUUGUCACACUUUGGUACAGAGCGCCGGAGCUUUUGUUGGGGCAAAAGAGUAUUCAACCGCCAUUGAUAUGUGGUCACUUGGUUGCAUUAUGGUUGAGCUUCUAUCAAAGGAGCCUCUCUUUAAUGGAAAAUCGGAAUUUGAUCAGCUUGACAAGUGGACAUACUCGUUCUGAAUGGAAACCAUUGGUUCAGUAUCGGUUCCCACUCAAAGGACAGGUUCAAGAUGAUGGUGAAGGAAAAGAACGAAGCCAAGGAUCCAUCAAAUUAGUACAACUCAUAAAGCUAUUAAUGCUUUGAAAAUGCCCUGUAAAAGAUAUAUUUCUUUUGUUAUUUUUUUGUUUUGUAAGGUUUGAAGAAGUUGAUAGUAGACAUUAUCUAAUUGACUUAUUUUAUUUGUGAUCGAACUCAAUAUUUUA